GUUCGAACGAGGAGGCGGCGAUGCAGGUGAAGUGGCCCGACGGCUGCACCAAGGACGUCCCGCAGGUGAGCGACGACGACGACACGAGGGAGAGAAAGGUGAGCGUCGGCGCCUGGAGGGCGAGCGCAGCAGGUGGCUUGAAGCAGAAGCCGCCCAAGUACACGGCAAACAUCAAACUGUUCUCUUCUGAUAAGGUCUGGGUAGACACCAGGUGGAACCAGCCGCCGAAGAAAGCUAAACGGGAGCGCUUGAUUUGCAUCAAGGACUGGGAGGGCCAGAUCCUGCAGGUCAACAUUGACUGGUGGCCAGAUGCAGACGAUCCAGAAUAUGCGGCCAUCGAGUGGUGCAACGCAGUGGCGCAGGACUAUGACAAUGGCAAGAUCGAUCGAGAGGGCUGCCGCGACAGGAAGAAGCAGAUCAUGAUACCUGAGGGCUGGGGAGAGCCUGGUGGCAGCAACAUCUCCAGCGGUACCAGCAUCGGCCACUGGUGCAACUCCAGCGGCACCAACAUCGGCGACUGGUGCAACUCCAGCGGCACCUACACCAGCGACUGGUGCGCCUCCAGCGGCACCUACACCAGCGACUGGUGCGCCUCCAGCGGCACCUACACCGGCGACUGGUGCAGCUCCAGCAGGCUCUUCAUCGGGGCCAGCCGCCGAGGGUGCGAGCACGCCAUCCCCGAAGAGGAGGCGUCAUGGCAAG